UUUAUGAUGUAUUCAAUCAUUUAAUGACAGAAAAAGAAUUAGUCAAUGAUUUCUGGGCAUCAUACGAGCUGGACAUUGGAUUUAGUGCUUUUUUCAAGAUUGUUCCCAUUGACAAUCAUAAUAUCAUCAAUUUAUUGUCCAUAAUGGCUCAAACUUCCCCUUCAAAUUGCGUCAGAUCUAUCAAUUAUUUAGCCCAAAAAUUCGGCCAAAAAUCAACUAAUUCUUUUCUCUAUGAAGAAACAAUUAUACCGGAAGAUUAUUACGCAUUACUCGACCAGAUCUCCGUGUUUGUUGACAAGUUAAUAUCGACUCCUCUUCCCAUUCAUCCCGAUUCCAAAAAACUCUUAAACAGCAUGUCGGAUGACUUGGUAACCUGUCACGCAGCCGUUUUUCUCCUUUUCGCCCCGUUUAAAUUACCCGAUAAUAAUAACGAUAAAACGAUUGUUCAGUCCGAUCCAUUUCCCCAAAUUCAAAUUUUAUCUUUCAAAAAUCAACCUCUAACGAAGGGCCAAUUAAAAGUCAUUUUAAACCUAUUACUUAUCAGUUCCUGCAAAAUGAUGAAAUUUUCCAGUGAACUGUUGUGCGAAACGAUUACACAUUCUGCCAAGAGCGGAAAUAUAGACAAGGAAAUCAAAGAAGGUGGACUAAAUCUAGAAGAAAAGCGACUCGUGGAUAUACUUGAAUCGGGGAUUCAAAAAUGUUUGGAAAGCAUUCUUUUGGCGGCUAAGAUUUCUAAGACAAAUGAUGAGUCAACAGAUGAUGAUCAAUUUCUACAAUACUGGAAGCAUGUUUGUCGAAGUUCAUUUUUGCCUUUUUUAACUACCGAUAAAAUACUUGCGGAGAAAAUCAAAAUGGAUAUCGAUUUAGAAUCGCCGAUUCAAAGUUCCUUAUACGGUAAAAAUGGUGUGGCUGUUGGUCGAAAAUUCCCCAUAACUCAGAUAUUCGUAAAAAUUUUGAGCGAAAUAACGGGCCAUAGUUCUUAUAGGGUUUCCCUUUUGAAUGACCCAUACUACAAAAGCUGUAUCAUCGUUCUGUUGCGCGGAGUAGUUCCUCAUAUAACUAGUUCAAGGGACGAUGAUAUAACCUGUUACAUGCAAACUUGCAAUCAAAUAUUAAAAAUCGUUCAAUGCUUAACGGAAAAUUUUUCUUUCAUAGAAAAUGAUGCCAAUUUAUCUUUGAACGACUUUGUAUAUCGUCAAUUUUACGAGGCCCACUCUGAACUAUUCUCAUUUUUGAUCGAAGUUAUUGUAUGGUGUUACGAUUGCUACAAUAAUUCCGACCAAGACCCUUGCUCUAAUAUCGAACAUCUCCCGCCAGAUUCCAGAUACGAUUUUACUUCAUUCUAUCCACUCCUUGAAAGUCUCAAUUUGACUUGCCUUUCAACUCUGACUAAGCUGUUGUAUAAUCUGAAUAAUUGCGUCAAAUCGACGAAGAUAGCAGCGAUAACCUCAUCGUUGCAUCAAAAUAUCUCGAAUGUUUUAAAUUUCUGCUUACCAUCACCAACCAUUAAACCUGUCGAUUAUAACAAUAAAAUCACUAAACGUACAUUCAUUUUCAAUGUUCUGCUCGGCCAUAUUAUAAGGUGUCACGAUUUUUCGCUUCUUACCUCUAACCCUACCUCCCAAUCUUUGAAUCCUAAUAAUCCAUCUUUACUCUUGAUUCAACCCAAAUCAUUCAUUCUCGCUCUCACGGCUUUGAGGCACAUCAUCGACUUAAAUAAUCUCCGAAAUUCGAUCGAUCCUAAAAAUUUGACACGUAAUAAUAUCUACACCUAUUUUUCUUCCGCUUUUCAUAACAUCUCUCCAACCUUUGCCUUGGCCAAUAUCCCAACGGAACCCAAACUUUUCGCCAUAGCCUUAUUUGCUACUCUAAAAAAUUGUAAUCAACGAUCAUUUACGACAUCUUCGAAUAAUGCAAAUAAUACGUAUCAAAUGUCUAUGACGGUUUCUCUAUGCAUUUAUGCGUUUCUUGGUAGUUUAACUAAAUGUCACAGGGACCCUACAUUCCUUUACCUACUCUUUACCCAAAAUUGUGGAAUAUUGGAUAAUCCCACGCUAAGUCCAACUGAAAUCAUACUGUUAGAUCUAAAACCUUCCUUACCUAAAUCAAUCACCUGCGCAUGUCUAAAACUUGUUAGCUCAAUAACUGCACGUUGUGACAUUAACCCAGCACUUUUAUCCGCCUUUAGAUCUAGCAUUUACGUCUUCGAAAAUAUAGCCAGGAAUUGUAUCGAAAAGGACAUUUCUCACGCCACUAGCUUUUCGUCUUUUACCAACGAUGAAGAAAAUGGGAUAGCCAAAAACUUCUUUAUGAACGAAUUUCUGGAAUCUAUAUCUUGUAUCACUCAUGCAUUAGAUGUAUUAAUUGCCCUAGAUUUUCACAAUCCUGAAACUGAGAAUGAUAACCGCCCAAAAAUUUCGCAAAAUACUCAACGGAAUACUGAAACUCGCAAAUUACUAGGAGGAUGUCUACCCAUGUUAUCCAGUAUUUUUAAGGCCAUAACUCAUCAAAUUUCACCCAGUACCGCUAACCCCGAAAACAAUGAAAAAUUUUUCGAUCACACUAUCGCUAAUUCUGUUUUGUGUAGAUUUUUUUUGAGAAAACACAAUAGUCUCGAAAACACUAAAAUAUGCAGUGCUCUCGAUUUGUUCUUCGAUUCCUUGUCUAGAGCCGCCCGUUACUCUGCUCGUAACGUCGAAGAUCAUAUAUCCUUUUGCGAUUUGGCCUUAGCUACUACCCAAAUAUUUGCCGUUAAUCCUUGGUGGUGUUCGUCUCUCGACAGGGAAAUCUUAUCUGGAACGGAUGAACACGAAGAUCUAGUUUAUCAUAACUUGUUAUUCUCUAUUUUAAGGUUUGCGGAAACGGUUAUAUUAUUUAAUGACAAAUGUGUGUCGGUUCCUUCUAUGCAAUCUUCUCACUCAUCUAUUGAUAACGUUAACGAGGAAAUAUUUAAAUCGAAAUCGUUGGAGCCUCUUCUCUCUGGUUUGACAAACAUUCUAGAAUAUAUCGAUGAAAAUCAAUUAAAUAUGACUUCACAAAACCCUAGAGUGCACGCCUUGGUGUGUAACAUAUUUUUGAGUCUGUUUCUGUCAUUUGAAAAAAUCAACAAAGUUCCAUCAAACAUUAACUGUAAAAAUGAUGAUAAUAACGAUGAAAAGGAAAAUGAACUCAAUAAUAGGUGCCUUUUGAAGGCUAACAUCGCCGCGCUAGCUAAAAAUGGAUUUCUGGCUCUGAAUUUGUUUGCACGUAAAUUCGUAAAUCUUCUCGAACAACGAAGAAAGAAUGCUGGAAUAUCUCUCACCUUUACCAUUGAUGUUGACGUGUUUUCCCUCACCUACCUGGCCCUGAUUCGAGCCAUGUUUUCGAACCCUUGUCACUAUCGUAUGUAUGGACUCACGGCCAGUAAAUAUCAUAUGCUUAAAGAUAGGGUAGACAAGGAAACCAGGGAGGAAUCAAUAGCACGCAAAGAUGAUUCUGACAUAUUCAUAAAUUUGUUCAGAACGCUUCUUCGAUUCUCUUACGGUUAUUUAGCUGAGGGACGAGAUGGAAGUACUGGAAGCUCGCUUGAUAAUAAGGUAGUAACCGACUACGAAGAAUUUUUAGCUUCCUCUACACUCGAAACCUUAGCCACAAUUUGUGUUUCCCAUCCCAAGAAUAGAAAAAUUCCAGAUGGUUAUACUCAGUUUUGGCUUAAUUUCGUCGUUCAAACAUGUUUGAUAGACUCUGGCUACAUAGAUAAAAUGCUUUUUCUCCCACUUGACUUUCCCUCCACUCGCACUGACGCAAAAAACAGAGGCAGUUCUUGCUUCCCUUCCAUAUUGGAUUGGGACGAUAAAACUUACGGUUCUCUAGUAAAACUUUUAACUUGUCGAUUAAUUUCCACAUUACCUUACCCAACUCUCAGCGCCACUUGCUUCAAAGCCAUAUGGUCUAAUUUUUGUCCCCUUUUAGCUCGCUUGGCCUUCAUACAACCAUUCUUCCCUCAUCUCACAAAUAACAAUGUUAUCCGAAACACUUCUGUUAUGAUUCCACCUUUGACGCUGCUCAUAAGUCCUACCCACGUGGGUUACAAAUGGGCUUUAUCCUCCUCUAAGUUGCUAUUCGGCCUUAUUUCUUCGACGCCUCAAUUAUCUUUACCGCAUUUUAAUAAAACCGAUGACCCAACCGAUUUCAUUUCUCCCUGCAUCUCUAUAGCUAUUCACCAAUGCACGGCUUACUUGUCCAAACCACUGAGUUUGGAGGAACAAAUUAGGAUGGUAAGGAGAUGCGAACCCGUACUCACAUCUUUAUCCCUCUACAGUAAUGGAAAUCGAAGCAUGAAUAAUUUCGAUACGGAGAUGAUGAUUUUGAAAUCUAGACUAUUUGAAUUAUUGCAUUACCAUCUCACUAUCCUUCGUAACAUGACAUUUGAUCUCAAUAAAUUGGUAAUAGCUUUAUAUGAUGUUUCCAUAUUUGGACAAUGCAAUCACUUUUUAUCGCUCAACUUUUCAGCCCCUCAUAUAAUGAGUACAUUACCAUACAAUCCCGAUUCGGAUCUCCCCUACCGCUCCUCGAAGCAUGAACAUUUAUUGUCCUACGGUGCUCUGUUGGCGUUAUUGAAAGUCUGCCUCAAGGAAAUAGAAUACAAUUUUCCUAGCAAUCCUUUAUUCUCACCUUCCAACAAAGGUAGCCUUUUGAAAUCCGAAAAUUAUCAAACGACUACUUUAUUCCGAAGAAGGUCUUCCCCCUUCAGUGAGAAGCGAAAGAGUUUAUCGGAACAACCGGUGGAUCCAAAAAAUAUCAAGGAAGCCAAUAAAGGAAAUACUCAAGCUGGUAGUUUCAAUUUAAAUAAUGAUAAAUGUUUAGAUGGUUUGACGCAAAGAGCCCUCUAUAGGCUGGAAGGGAAUGUUCAUCGGUCACUAGAAAUAGCCCUUUAUAUUUUGGUAUCACAGGCUAUUUUAUAUCUCAAAAACCCCCAACACAGUAUUAACGAAAAAGCCUUCUUGAAACAAGAGUUAUGCGCAGAGCUCAACGCUUUGUUCGAUGCAUACUCCUGGCCUUGCUAUUACACUAACAUUCGUAGGAAAAGAAUGAACGAAAGUUUUGAAGAUUCCUUUGAAAUUGACCAAAUGACUUCGAGCAAUGGUAAUACCGAGGAAGAAUCUCUGAGAUAUUUCGAGCUUAUGACAAAUUUGAUCCUUUACAUACAAAACUGUUUGUGA